AUGGCUACCCCAGCUCUCGAGCCCGUAAUAUCCCCUUCAGACUCCUCCCAGCCAACCAAAGACACAACAAACGGCACCUCAAAAUCCUCUACAUCCACACCCGCAAACCCCUCACAUGAAGAAUACCAAUACCUCAACCAUGAUAUCCGACAUCCUUCGCAAAUGGCGAGCACCGCCCCGACCGCACCGGCACUGGGAACCUACGCCCUCCCCUUCCCCCCACAACUAAAAUUCACACUCUCCCGCCCCUCCACUGACCCCUCCUCACCACCCGACCUCAUCCUCCCUCUCCUUACCACAAAGCGCGUUUUCACGCGCGCCGUAAUCGCCGAACUCCUCUGGUUCAUCGCCGGCUCCACACACUCGCAACCGCUCAGCGACGCAGGCAUCAAGAUCUGGGACGGCAACGGGUCGCGCGCAUAUCUCGACAGCGUAGGCCUCAAUCACUACGAAGAAGGCGAACUAGGGCCCGUGUAUGGGUUUCAAUGGCGUCAUUUCGGCGCGGAGUAUAAAGGACAUGCGCACGAUUACACAGGCGAGGGCGUGGACCAACUCGCCGACGUCAUCGACAAGAUCAAGAACAAGCCGUAUGAUCGCCGCAUCAUUCUGAGCGCGUGGAAUCCCGCAGAUUUGAAGAAGAUGGCGCUCCCGCCGUGCCAUAUGUUUGCGCAGUUUUACGUGUCGUUUCCGAAUGGCAAGGAGCGGAGGGGUGUCCUGCAUAGUCUGCUGUAUCAGCGCAGUUGCGAUAUGGGUCUCGGUGUGCCGUUUUAA